CUUGCAUUUCUGCCCUAUCGUUAAUCGUUAUCGAAGCCACGCUCUUUCAAAUAAUUUUAAACGUUCCCAUUUCUGGCCGCGAAAAGUGAAAAUGGAAGUGUUUACCUUUGAGAAAUCUUUCCUGGAGCGUCUUAAGGAAGCGGAGGCUGUGCUUUCGUGGGAGGGCGCUGUGAUGCCGGCCUCCCAGGUGCGAUCCGAGUGGAAGUCCUACGUGGAGUUAAAGAUCGAGCCUGCAGGCUGGCAGGCUAUUUGGAAGAUACCGCGCGUGAUCUGCGAGGAUCUGAAGCUGCGCUAUCCCACAAUUGUCUAUGGGUAUGUAGACCAGGUGAUAUUUGACGAGCUAAAGGCUGUGUUCGUGGUCACAGCCGUGCAGGACAAUGAUGUUCACCUGCCAGAGACCAACGAGGUGUCCCUGGUAGAGCUGUGGCCAACAGUUGAACAAGAGAACUCCGCCUUGAACGUGGACACUACGGCGGAGUGCAUCGACUGCUUGAGAUUCUUUUAUUCGCACGUGUGGAUGCCCUGGGACAAGGACUAUGACGAUGACCGGGACUGGGUUCAAAUGCAUCUGCAAGCCCGUAUUCAGCUGGCCUGCGACCUAAGCAAAAACAAACUGUCUCGGCCGUUGGCUUUGCACAUGCGCAACCUGCUGGAAGAAGCCAGGUACAUACAACAACGCCUUGAAUACUUGGAACUAGACCUAAGUGACGUUGAGGCAGAGAGCGACGACGAAGCGGUGGAGUUGAACGACAAUGCUCCCGAGCCGGCUAGGAAGCAGUCAAAAACAGGAAACGCCAAUGCCAGUUUGAACGCCUCCAUCUUGCCGGUAACAGAUCUCAUGUGCCUUCACCUGCGUAUGGCUAUAAUAAGGAGUGAGUUCGAAAUCCUCGAAAACCCCGAAAUGAGACGGGCAUAUAGCGAGAUGCAAUCAAAUACAUUAAAGCGCCAUAUGCUGCAACGCGGCUCAGGAAAGUUGCGAAACUUAGAAGACUCAUUGAUAGAACGUUCGCCGAUUUGUCACGUAGUAACAGUUCCAGCAAUGUUGCAGCAGCAAAUUGACUUGCUUCUUUUGGCCAAGGAGCAGGUUAAAUCGGACAGACACGUCCAACUAGCCAACACACUCCAGGAUGUACUCAGCAUUUGUCAGAGCAAUGACGACAUAUUUCUAUCCCCCGGCAAACAUACUAUUAAGUUCCUGGAGCACCUUAACGACAACGGCAGCCUCAAUGGCCUAAUUCGACCGGAUGAUGUUCUAGCACCCACAAUUGAGUUGUCCCAACUGCCUGUGGUAUGCUCCAGCGAUGAGGAUAGCACCCUACUGGUCAUAAGUGGUGAUUAUACUCUGUCCCAGCUGGUUUUGGACUGCCGGCACGUCCGUCGGGGAAUACUUUUACGCAAUGGAACUCUAACCAUGCGUGGAUGUCGUCUGAUGGGGGAUGGUAAUUCCAGCACGCAGGAGGGCAUCGUAUGCAUGCCAGGAGCAAGUGUGGAACUGAAGAGCUGCAUCGUCGAGAACUUUGCAGUGGGAAUUUCGCUUCGCCCUCGAUCCAGCGCUGAGUUGGGCAAUGUCCAAGUAAAAAGCUGCAUAACAGGAUUGGAGCUUCUCGAAAAGACAGCUUCGUUGAAUAUGCAGGGCAGCAAGUGCGCUUUCGAUAACUGUAAACUAGGAAUCAUGGCAGACGGCUUACCACUCGGCGGCGGAAAAACUGACAAGUCGCUAAUUCUAAAGCAGUUUAGUGAACUCCAGAGCUACAACGAAGACAAUCUUUUGGGAAAUUGCAAAUUUAACAAUUGCUCGACAAACAUCAGAGUAUUUAAUGAAUCGGAACAGCUGCUGGCUCAGCGUUCGCAUAAACAACUUUUCGAGGAGGAUCUCGGAAGCGAAAAUAAGGAGAAUAUUCAGGCGGUGUAAUACAACCAUUUAAAUCUGUAAUCAUUACAAUAAGAGUCUACUUGAUAAAUAAAUAAAAUUAGGCCGAACGCAACA